CGCCUCUUUCCUCUUUCGCCCCGGCUCAGUCAGUCCCUCAGUGGGUGAGCGAGCAGAGCGCUGCACGGCCGGCUGCGCGUCACCUCGUCCGCUCUCCGCCAUGUUCGCGGCGAGUGCCGGGUAGUGCGUGCGUGCGUACGUACGCGUGUACGUAGUGUCUGUGUGUGUGUGUGAGUGUGUGAGUGUGUGUAUCAUCACGAGUGCGGAUUUUAUUUGGAUUAAUCAACCUGGAUCAACAACAACAUCAGAGGAGGUGCGUCUCCGUGCCCCAUGCAGGAAGCGGAGAGAGAGAGAGGGAGAGAGAAGAACACGCCCGAGGCUGUGACGUUGGAAUGAUUUAACAGGGUCAACCUCGGUGCUCGGGCCGCUGCCCCACUUUGAGAUGUGGGCGAAGAGGGCGACAGUCCACUCGCUGACGUGGGCCCUGCUCGCUUCCUGCGUGGCCGCCUUCAUCGUGCCCGAGGAGCUGGUGUCGUUCCUGUCCAUCGUGUACUCCAACAUCCCGCCCAUCAGGAAGGGCACGGACUCCCGCGUCGGCGUUGGGUUCCGGCUCGGCCCGCACGCCGACGCCCAGAUCGUCCUGGAGCUGGGCCCGCAGACCAACACGCGGCCCCUGGGCGCGGCCGCCCCCACCUUCGGCUCGCCGUCCUCCUCCAAGCGGCACGUUCUCCCGGAGCACCUGGACGACGACGUGCCGCAGCUGGUGCAGCAGCAGCUGCGGCCCAACCCGGCCGCGGGCAGCUGGCUCUCAGCCUGGAGGACGUCGGUCAAGAGCCAGCGGCCAGUCCCGGACGAGGACUUCGCCAACCAGGCCGACCUCUCCGCCCCGGGCCCUCUGCCGGACCCGACGAGGCUGACGGGCGCCCCGCUGGUGUCUCACCUGCGGAAGCUGUACCACCCUCCCCCGGCCCGUCAACCGGAGGCUCAACCGGAGAGGCCGCAGGAGCGGCAACCGGCGCGACAAACGGUCACCAUCUGGCAGAAGGCGGUGGCGGCGAAGCCCUACAAGCACAGCAAGGUGUCCGCGACGACCCCAAAGACCGUCGGCAAACCGGCGGCCUCGGCCUCCGCCACCUACGAGGACCUGUCUGACGUGAGCCUGGACUAGCUCCCGUCCUCGCCUCCGGCGUAUGCCCGGGACCCGGCCAGGGUGACUUCUUUGUGUGGCGUCACUUGACGCAUGUGUCGUCAUCGUGUCUGGUAGUGGUGCUCGUCCUGGUUGAUGAUGUAGUGAACGUGAAACUGUAAUCCCGGUCUGUGAUGUCUGUUUGGGGCGGGGCACUCGUUUGUGUUGUAUAUUUAUUUCGUUUGUAACUGUGCCAUGGUGACGACGGCCACGCCGCACACUGCGCAGGGCCCCGUCGGAAAAUCUAAGACUCCUCUUGGACCGUGCUGAUUUAGUGAUAUGGCCAGAUCGUUCAUAUGUGCGUAUACGUGGUCGGGAUUUGGUGGUCUUGUUUCAUUUCUAACAUUUGUAGAUGGAAUUGCGAUGUAUAUACUUAAACACAUACUGGCAUCAGCUGUAUACUUUGUCAAUUAUGUAGCGAUACAGUGAAUUCUAUAAAAAUAAAAGUAAAUAAUUGA